GUUCUUCUUUUGCGUUUGUUCCCUCCUCUCUCAUGGCGUGACCUCUCUUCCUCGUUUUCAACGUUCAUAUCUCAACUUCUCAAAACCCUCUCUGUUUCUCUACAAUGGCGUCUUCAAUCUCCGGUCUUUAUUCCUCCACUCUUAAACUCCAAAAGCUUGCUUCCAGGUCAUCUCAAUCUUCAAUUUCACACGCUCGAAUUGAAUCCAUUCCUUUCCUAACCCGAUCGCUCCGAGGACAGACCAUUUCAGCGCAAUCUCUAGCUAGAGAGGUUCCCGCUAGUUUAUCGAAAUCAGAUGAUGCAUUGACGGCGGAGAAAAAAGUGUUGGAGAAAGAUCCGGCGGCGCUAUGGAACCGGUAUGUUGACUGGCUUUACCAGCAUAAAGAACUCGGUCUUUAUUUGGAUGUCAGUCGAAUCGGAUUCACUGAUGAAUUUGUGGAGAAGAUGGAACCCAAGUUCCAGAUUGCUUUUAAAGCUAUGGAGGAGUUGGAAAAAGGAGCUAUUGCGAAUCCUGAUGAAGGUCGUAUGGUAGGACAUUAUUGGUUGAGGAACCCUAAGUUGGCUCCUAAACCGUUUCUCAAGUCACAAAUUGAGAACACUCUUGAAAUUGUCUGCAAAUUUGCAGACGAUGUCAUCAGUGGUAAGAUCACACCACCAGCAGGAGGUAGAUUUAAACAUAUUCUUUCUGUGGGAAUUGGAGGUUCUGCUCUUGGACCUCAGUUUGUUGCAGAGGCUUUGGCUCCUGAUAAUCCUCCUCUCAAGAUAAGGUUCAUUGACAAUACAGAUCCGGCUGGUAUUGAUCAUCAGAUUGCACAACUUGGACCUGAAUUGGCUUGUACUCUUGUAAUAGUUAUUUCAAAGAGUGGGGGCACGCCAGAGACUAGAAAUGGUUUAUUAGAAGUUCAAAAGGCCUUUCGUGAAGCUGGUCUGAGUUUUGCUAAACAGGGUGUUGCUAUUACUCAAGAAAAUUCUCUAUUGGACAAUACUGCAAGAAUCGAGGGCUGGCUUGCUAGAUUUCCUAUGUUUGAUUGGGUCGGUGGUAGAACUUCUGAAAUGUCUGCAGUUGGUUUGCUUCCAGCAGCGCUUCAGGGUAUUAACAUUAGAGAGAUGCUUGCUGGAGCAGCACUAAUGGACGAGGCCAACAGAAAGCCAGUGUUGAGGAACAAUCCGGCAGCAUUGCUAGCUAUGAGCUGGUAUUGGGCUACAGAUGGAGUAGGAUCUAAGGAUAUGGUUAUUCUUCCGUACAAAGAUAGCCUUUUAUUGUUUAGUAGGUACUUGCAGCAGUUGGUAAUGGAAUCCCUUGGAAAGGAGUUUGAUCUUAAUGGGAAUAAGGUAAAUCAAGGAAUUAGUGUCUAUGGAAACAAAGGGAGUACAGAUCAGCAUGCCUAUAUCCAACAGUUGAGAGAUGGCGUGCCCAAUUUCUUUGCAACAUUCAUUGAAGUUCUACGCGACAGACCUCCCGGUCAUGAUUGGGAGCUUGAACCAGGUGUCACAUGUGGUGAUUAUCUUUUCGGCAUGUUACAGGGAACAAGAUCAGCUCUAUAUGCAAAUAGCAGGGAAUCCAUUACAGUUACUGUGCAGGAGGUAACUCCCCAGGCAGUUGGAGGGAUGAUUGCAUUGUAUGAACGAGCAGUUGGGAUUUACGCGUCAUUGGUCAACAUCAAUGCUUAUCAUCAGCCUGGAGUGGAAGCUGGAAAAAAGGCAGCAGCUGAAGUAUUAGCUCUUCAGAAGCGAGUCCUUGCUGUACUCAACGAGGCUAGCUGUAAAGAGCCGGUUGAACCAUUGACAAUUGAUGAAGUAGCAGAUCGAUGUCAUGCAGUUGAAGAUAUUGAGAUGAUCUACAAGAUAAUUGCUCAUAUGGCUGCAAAUGAUCGAGCUCUUAUUGCCGAAGGCAGCUGUGGUUCACCGCGAAGCAUCAAGGUCUUCCUGGGAGAGUGUAAUGUAGAUGACUUGUAUGCCUAACUUAUAACUUUAUGUCAGCUUGGAGGCAUUUCUGUUUAUGUAUCAUUUGUUUUUGAAAGUGACUAUUGCGAAUAAUUUCAAAAUAAAUUUGAAAAGGAGAGAAUUCUUGAGUCUUUUAAUUAAUAUUAAGUUAAGUUGAUUUCUCUAGAAAUCAUCUUAUUCCUUUUCUA